GAGGUAGGAGAUAUAAAUAGCCUCGUUCCACCGCCAGCAUACCAAAAACCAGAGAGAGAGAGAGAGUGAGAGGUUAACGAUGGUGUCACUGAAACUUCAGAAGCGGCUCGCCGCUAGUGUUCUCAAGUGCGGACGAGGAAAGGUCUGGCUUGACCCUAAUGAGUGCAAUGAAAUCUCCAUGGCUAAUUCACGCCAAAACAUCAGGAAGUUGGUUAAGGAUGGUUUCAUUAUCCGGAAGCCAACCAAGAUUCACUCCCGCUCCCGCGCUAGGCGUAUUCAGGAGGCCAAGAGGAAGGGACGUCAUUCUGGAUAUGGUAAGAGAAAGGGUACAAGAGAGGCAAGGCUCCCCACCAAAAUCCUUUGGAUGAGGAGGAUGCGUGUUCUCAGGCGUUUGCUUCGCAAAUACCGUGAGUCAAAGAAGAUCGACAGGCACAUGUACCAUGAUAUGUACAUGAAGGUGAAGGGUAACGUCUUCAAGAACAAGAGAGUCCUUAUGGAGAGUAUCCAUAAGUCCAAGGCUGAGAAGGCCAGAGAGAAGACGUUGUCUGAUCAGUUUGAGGCCAAGAGGGCAAAGAACAAGGCCAGCAGGGAAAGGAAAUUUGCUCGCAGAGAAGAGCGUUUUGCUCAAGGACCCGGGGAGAAGGAACCUGCAGCACCAGUUGCACCAGCUGCAACAGCAACCCAGCCUGCCCAAUCAAAGAAAUCCAAGAAGUAAAUCAAGUAUUCAGAGGUUGAGUAUUUCAUUUUAUAGCUUUUGUUUUAACUUAAAUUUCAGUUGUACAAGUACAAUUUGUAUUGGGUUUAUUUUUUGUUGACAUUUUUGGUAUGGAGAUGCUUUUUGUUAAGAAAUACUAUUGUUAUUUUAUAUUCUGGUUUUGAA